AUGGGCAGAGCAAAGAAGAAAUUUUUUGACUUGAAUGAAGCUCUGGAAUCAUUGUACAAGUUGUUAGAGCAGCAACCUUUGCUUCCCUUAGUAAUUCCUAUGUUGGUUGUUCUUUGGGUAUUUGAGAAAUGGGUUUUCUCUCUGUCCAAUUGGGUGCUUCUUGCUCUUGCUGUAUGGGCCACAUUUCAGUAUGGAAGUUAUCAGAGGCGAAAUGUAGUGGAAGACUUGAAUAAGAAAUGGAUGCAGUUUACACUACAGAACUCGCCGGUAACACCUUUAGAGCAUUGUGAAUGGCUGAACAAGCUAUUAAUUGAAAUUUGGUCGAACUAUAUCAACCCAAAGCUCUCAUUAAGGUUUGCAUCUAUCGUUGAGAGGCGCUUGAAGCAUAGGAAGUCAAAGCUAAUAGAAAAGAUUGAGUUACAAGAGUUUUCUCUUGGUUCACGUCCACCUUUAUUUGGGCUACAUGGGACCCGAUGGUCGACUUCCGGGGAUCAGCGGAUCAUGCGCUUGGGAUUUGACUGGGACACUGAUGACAUAUAUAUCAUGUUGUUUGCCAAGUUGGCUAUGCCGUUAAUGGGAACAGCUCGGAUUGUCGUAAAUAGCAUCCACAUUAAGGGUGAUCUUCUUCUGAUGCCAAUAUUAGAUGGAAAAGCUAUAGCAUACUCGUUUGUAUCAACUCCUGAGGUGAGGCUUGGUGUAGCUUUUGGGAGUGGCGGAAGCCAGUCUCUACCUGCAACAGAGCUACCAGGUGUCUCUUCAUGGCUGGUCAAAGUUGCCACGGACACGCUGAAUAAGAGAAUGGUCGAACCGAGACGUCAGUGUAUUGCUUUGCCAACCGAGGACCUGCAAAGGAAAGCUGUAGGUGGUGUGUUAUAUGUCACGAUAAUAUCUGCAAAAAAUAUUUCUGGUUGUAUGAGCACUUCUUACUUGGAGGACUAUCCCGAAACCAAAGAGCUUCAGACAUUUGUGGAAAUUGAAGCUGAGGAGCUAACAAGGAGAACAGAUGUAAGAUCCGGAACCUCCCCCAGGUGGGACAACACAUUCAAUUUGGUCCUUCAUGAUAGUGUGGGAAUCAUUAAAUUCCAUCUCUAUAGACGCACUCCUGGAAGUGCAAAAUACGACUUUCUCACCAGCUGUGAGGUUAAGAUGAGAUAUGUCCCAAAUGAUUCAACGAUAUAUUGGGCCAUUGGAGCCGACUCAACAGUGAUUGCAAAGUAUGCUGAGGUUUGUGGAAAAGAAAUUGAGAUGACAAUUCCAUUUGAAGGGACUGAUUUGGGGGAGCUGACAGUGAGGCUUGUGCUUAAGGAGUGGCAGUUUACUGAUGGUUCACAUAGCUUGGCUAGCCUCGGCCUGGGCUCUCGUCGUUCACUGAAUGGGACAUCAAAUUAUUUUUCCAAAACUGGAAGAAAAAUCUGCAUAACCGUUGUAGAGGGAAAAGACCUUGUUGUGAAGGACAAAAUUGGAAAAUCCGACCCUUACAUUAAACUGCAGUAUGGCAAGGCUACCCAAAAAACAAAAUCUGUCCCACAUUCGCCCAAUCCAACUUGGAAUCAAAGGUUUGAAUUUGAUGAAAUAGGAGGCGGAGAGUAUUUGAAGAUAAAAUGCUUUACUGAAGAAACGUUUGGGGACGAGAGCAUAGGCAGUGCACUGGUGAAUUUGGAAGGACUCGUGGAAGGUUUGGUUAGAGACGUUUAUAUUCCCCUUGAAAAAGUCAACUCAGGGGAGUUGCGUCUUCAGAUAGAAGCAGUCAAAGUUGACGACAAAGAAAAUUCGAUGGGCUCACGCUCGAGUUUGAGCAACAGCUGGGUCGAGCUCGUCAUAAUUGAAGCAAGAGAUCUUAUUGCUGCUGAUAUACGAGGCACAAGUGAUCCUUUUGUGAGGGUACACUAUGGGAACCUCAAGAGAAGUACCAAGGUCAUGUACAAAACACUAAUUCCAAAAUGGCAUCAGACCUUCGAAUUCCCAGACGAUGGCAGCCAGCUCACAUUGCACGUGAAAGACCACAAUUCCUUGUUGCCCUCGUCCAGCAUAGGUGACUGUGUGGUUGAGUAUCAAAUGCUACCUCCAAACGAGAUGGCCGAUAAAUGGAUACCUUUGCAAGGAGUUAAACGAGGCGAAAUCCACAUCCAGAUCACAAGAAAACUCCCACAACCGGACAAGAAACCUGGGCUCGAUUCUUCUCAUGACCGGUCAUCCUCCUCAGCGGACUUUUCCCGCCAAAUUUCAAACCAGAUUAAGCAGAUGAUGAUGAAUCUUCGGGCCCAAGUGGAUGAUGACGAUCUCGAAGGGGUCUCGAGGGUAUUGAGCGAACUCGAGAGCCUCCAGGAGAGUCGAGAAGAGUACGUGGUCCAACUCGAGACCGAGCAAUUGCUGCUGAUAAACAAGAUAAAUGAGCUUGGGCAGGAAAUAUUCAACUCAACGUCGCCUUUGACGAGAACUGCUACCAUCCCUUGA